ACAAACUCUUUCAAUUCUUUUGACCAAAAAAAAAAAAACUCUUUCAAUUCCCACCUGUUGCUCAGCUUCACUGGUUCAUCACGAAACAAAUCCGAUGACCUGAAUUAGUUUCCUCAAAAACCCAAGAUAAGAUUACUCCUCAAGUACCCAUGUCCUAUGCUCAAAUUUUAAUACUUUGUUUCAUGUAGGUUCUGGGUUUCUUCUGAAAUUCUGCUUUCCAAUGAUUCAAUCCAUUUCCAUGCGCUCUUCCAUUCUCUAAUUCCAUGGUGCUUGGCAGUAGCAUAAUUUAGCUAUUUUCUGACACGGGCUCCUUCACAAUGUUCAUGGCUUCGACUAUAAUCCUCAUAGUCUUGUCCCUUUUUCUGAUUCCAACAAAAGCCCAAAUUUGAUUACUUUGUUCCACAUGGUUUAUGGGUGUUUGCUGAAAUUCUGCUUUUCAAUGGUUCAAUCCAAUUCCAUAGCAUAAGUUAGCUAUUUCUAAGAUGGGUUCUUUCAGAAAGUUCUUGGCUUUUACUACUUUCUUCACAGUUUUAUCACUUUUUCUGAUUCCUACAAAAGCCCAAGAAGUAGGAUUCAUAUCCGCAGUUAUAUCAAGUAAAGGUCUUGACUUUACCAAGGACUUGCUGAUACAAGAGGCAAUUUCUUCUAUAAUUCCACUUCAAUUGCCUCAAAUUGAAAAGUCUGUGAAAAUCCCACUUAUCGGUCAAGUUGAUGUUGCUCUGUCCAAUAUCACAAUAUAUAGUGUUGAUAUUGCUUCUUCAUAUGUGGAGACUGGGGACUCCGGUAUUGCUUUGGUUGCUUCAGGAGCCACUGCAAAUUUGAGUAUGCAUUGGCAGUACUCUUAUACUACUUGGUUGUUUGAAGUUUCGGAUAAUGGGGCCGCCUUUAUUCAGGUUGAAGGUAUGGAAGUUGGUGUUACCUUAGCUUUGAAGGACCAACAAGGAAGUCUUAAGCUGUCUGUUUUGGAUUGUGGAUGCUAUGUGAAGGAUAUCUCCAUCAAGUUAGACGGUGGAGCAUCUUGGCUUUACCAAGGGAUAGUGGAUGCUUUUGGUGGACAAAUAGUUUCUGCAGUUGAAGAAAAUAUUUCCAAGAAAGUCAAAGAAGGAAUAACGAAGCUUGAUUCGUCACUUCAAUCGCUUCCAAAGCAAAUCGAGCUGGAUGACAUUGCUGCUUUGAAUGUCACUUUGGUGGACAAUCCUGUGCUGAGUAAUUCUUCCAUUGAAUUUCAGAUCAAUGGUCUAUUCACAGCUCCUAUUGAUGAUUCCACAUCCAGCUUAGACCAUAAAGGUUCACUAGAUCCUCUUCCACGCAGUGCUCCAGCUAAGAUGGUUGAGAUAUCAUUGCAUGAAGAUGUCUUUAACUCGGUGUCCUUGGUCUAUUUCAAUGCAAACUAUAUGAACUGGAUUAUUAACAAAAUACCAGAUCAAUCCCUUUUGAACACUGCUGGAUGGAGAUACAUUAUUCCUCGACUGUACAAGCAGUAUCCAAACAAGGAUAUGGAUCUUAAUGUUACUGUAUCUUCUCAACCAAUCAUUACAGUUGUGAACAAUGGCAUUGACAUCACUGUUUACUCUGAUGUGACAAUUGAUGUCAUAGACAAUGAAGUUAUACCAGUUGCGUGCAUAUCAAUGCACAUUCACGCUUCAUGUGCUCCAGAGAUCCUGAGGAAUACACUAGCUGGUAUUGUUAAAUUGAAUGAUUUUACUGCAUCUUUGAAGUGGAGCAAAAUUGGUGACCUACACAUGCGCCUCGUUCAGGCAGUGUUGUCAACGGUCCUCAAAACUGUUAUCAUGCCUUAUGUGAAUUUAUGGCUCUGGAAAGGACUACCUUUACCACUUCCGCAUGGAUUUAAGCUUCAGAAUUCUGAAACCUUCUCCACCAAUUCAAGGCUUACAAUAUACAGUGAUGUUGAGUUUGUAGAAUAAUGACUGACACAUUGUCAGCAGGAAGUCCGUUCCCACCAGAGAGUUAUACACCAUAUAUACAAGUAGUGUUAGUCCUUAUUUGCUGUGUCCAUCAAUGUAGAAAAUGUUAGUUUAUAACGUAUAGGUAUAGAAAUCGCUGUUGAAAAAUAUUUUAAUAGCUACGGGCUAGACGUUUG